CCCCUUUAAGACUGAGUGCUCCCUCCUCCCUGGUGGGAAAUAACGUGCUAACACGUUUGGAACUUGCCCCCUUUAAGGGCGUCUUCUCUCCUUACCAGUUAACCCACGUGCCAAGGGUCCGCCACAUAAUCGCAUAUUCCUAAACGGAUGCUGCGCUGGUGCUGGCGUGGGAGGGGGCGGCAUCGGCCUGGAAGACACUGUGUCCAAAGUCAAAGGCAUCUCUUAUUUGCCCUGCUCGCUUUUUAAAACUUAGGCUUGUACAAUUCAAGGGCAAUCCUUCCUAACAGAGUUAGGCCAGUGAGGUCAGGCUGUUCGAGUCCCUGGGAUUGCAGGGGCAUAAAUGUGGGCUAAUUGAACACCCAAUGAAGGUCUCUUCUGAGUUCACAGACUAGUAGCCGGACAACCAUUUUGGCCUGCCAUGUGUCUUGAUAUUUUAAUUAAUUGCCCGUGUUUAAAAGUGGGAGUUUAUGUGUAAAUAUUUGGAUUAUCUUGUGAAAUUGGAAGAUCUGGCGAGAUGCCCCUGCCUGGCAGCAGUUUGCUGACCCCUUUGGACUAGGUUUGAAACAGUUUCCAGUUUGCCACAGCCUGUCUGUUACCUAAUGACCAGCGUGCAUCACCAGUCUGGCCCCUACUCUCCUGGCGUUUGUGCUUGGGACCCCUACUCUUAAAUACUUGCGUGGACAUAAGACUAUUUAAAACACUUAUGCAGAACCGAUCAGAGGUCCCAAACAACUGGGGGUCCGGAGAUUCCAGUUGAGCUCAGUUUGGCAGCCAGACCCUUAUUCUUUCCCCACGAGGAGCAACUCUUAUCAACAGCGACACCAACAAGCCUGCGCUAAGGGCAGGACCGAUGGCUUUGAGCCCAGGUUGGAGAGCAUUCGCACCCUUUCCCGUGAACUGCCGUGGUGCCCUUCAGAAGGCUGUGAGAAGCAGUGGUCUUCCCUUGUUCCCCUGGGGCCACUGCCCCUGGAGAGGAACUGGAAGCUUUUUGGACCCUGAGAUGAAAGCUUUCCUGGAGGAGAACACUGAAGUCACCAGCAGUGGCAGCCUCACCCCUGAAAUCCAGUUGCGGCUUUUGACCCCCAGAUGCAAGUUCUGGUGGGAGAGAGCUGACCUGUGGCCCCACAGCGAUCCUUACUGGGCAAUCUACUGGCCAGGAGGCCAAGCCCUGUCUAGGUAUCUUCUGGAUAAUCCUGGUGUCGUCAGAGGGAAAUCCGUGUUAGAUGUUGGGAGUGGCUGUGGAGCCACGGCUAUUGCUGCUAAGAUGAGUGGAGCUUUAAGGAUCUUGGCCAAUGACAUAGACCCUAUUGCAGGAAUGGCUAUUACACUAAAUUGUGAACUGAACCGACUGAAUCCUUUUCCCAUUUUAACCAAAAACAUUCUGGAUUUGAAACAAGGUAAGUGGGACCUUGUCGUGCUUGGAGAUAUGUUUUAUGAUGAAGACCUGGCAGACAGCCUGCAUCAGUGGCUGAAGAACUGCUUUCGGGCCCAAAGAACUCGAGUCCUGAUUGGCGACCCCAGGCGACCCCAGUUCAGCGGCCACGGCAUUCAGCACCAGCUGCACAAGGUGGUGGAGUAUCCGCUCCCAGAGCCCACGAGGCGGGAAAACAAUGGCCUGACGACGAGCACGGUGUGGGAGUUUCAGCCUUGAGCCUGCUGAGUGGGACGUUCUCUGGGGGGACAUCAUCGAGGUUACUUGCAGUGUGGAUGCAGCUACGUCUGGGUUUAACCCUCGAAGGAGCUCCAGUUCAAAGAACGCAUGUUCAGUGUUAAAUGGCAGGUCUUGUUCUGUCAGCCUUUGUCAUGCAGACUUGUUCUGUGUUAUGCCAAAUACAGAAAUCUCUCUCUGUAGUAUUUUUUUUUCUAGUUCUACUGCUGUAGUGUAAUGUAAUUACAGAAGGCAAAGCCCAAUAAUGACAACAUGUGAUUUAAGUAGCAGAGAGGAAUCAGAUAUUGUAGCAGAGUGUAUCUUUGGGUUACACUAAUGAUGAUGUGUCUUUGAGUUAAAUAAAAUACAGAAGAAUACUGUAUUUUUUGAAAAAUCACCUGUAAAGGUCAGAGAUGCAGUUAGUGUGGCAUGGAGCACAUGGCUUCGGAGUCAGGCUGCUGUCACUUUCCAGUUGGGAUUUGGGGUUGGUAGGCUCUCUGAGCUUUAAUUUCUUCAUAAAACAGUAAUAAAUUUUAAUGAACCGCA